GCACCGAGCACCGCCAUGGGGGGCGGGGCCAGGUGCGCGUACGGCCGGGGUCUGCGAGCCCCGCUCACCGGCCAGAAGCGCACAGGUGGCUGCACCGACUGUAUCGAGCACACACGCACGCACACCAUGGCUCCCUAUUUCACCACCGGAUACCCUUUCCAAGGUCAGGGCCGGGUGAACCAGCUGGGAGGUGUGUUUAUCAACGGGCGUCCGCUGCCGAACCAUAUCAGACUGAAGAUCGUGGAGCUUGCGGCAGCCGGGGUGCGUCCGUGCGUCAUCUCACGACAGUUACGCGUGUCGCACGGCUGCGUGUCCAAGAUUCUGAACCGCUACCAGGAGACAGGUUCCAUCCGGCCGGGCGUGAUCGGCGGCAGCAAACCGAGGGUGGCCACCCCCGAGGUCGAGCGCCGCAUCGACCAGUACAAGAGGGACGCACCCGGAAUCUUCUCCUGGGAGAUCAGGGAGCGCCUGAUCAAGGACGGCGUCUGCGACAAGGCGUCCGCACCCUCCGUCUCCUCAAUCAGCCGCCUCCUGCGCGGAGGCGGUGGUGGGGGCGGCAAGAGGGACUCGACGGACGAGCACAUCAAGAACCACAACAUCGACACAAUCCUCGCUGGCUGCGCAAUGAGCUCAGCUGACGACGAUUCAGACACCGAGAGCGAACCUGGUAUUCAGCUGAAGCGAAAAACUCGACGCAGCAGGACAACCUUUUCCGCUGAACAGCUAGAGGCCCUUGAGAGGACCUUUGAACGUACCCAGUACCCUGAUGUGUAUACCAGGGAGGAACUCGCCCAAAAGACUAGGUUAACCGAGGCCCGUGUUCAAGUUUGGUUUUCGAACCGGCGUGCGCGUCUGAGAAAGCAGUUGAACGGCCAGCCCCACCAAACACCCACUUUCCAACCACCCGAGCAGCCCUUCCAGUCACCUCAAAUCGCCGCGACGUGGCCGCACCACCAAACCUCCUACGCCACCCCUUACUACACGCAAGACUUUCACCAGGAGCACUCUUGGAGCACAAAAAGGGUCACUGACCCUUGGAGCACCACAGUUCCUCCCCUCACCGACACAAGCAGCAGCGGCAGCAGCUUGAUGUUCGCGGCUCACGCGGCGGCGGCGGCGAACGGGGCAGCGGCCGGCGCGUACGCUUCCUUCCCGACCGAGGCCAAGUCGGGCUACCCGUAUCUCGGCCAACUGCCGCACAUGGAAGCCUCCGCCGUGCACUGCUGAUGCUGAGCCGCGAGACACUCGAAUUCUCUGCUCUCUGAUCACACUCCGCGGGGCGAUUCGUGCCGCCCGCCGCUGGCCCGUUGAUAACUUAUUUUUUCUCUCUUCGCCGCUCAAAAUCGAAAAACGGCAGCAGGCGUGUUUUCCUACCAAUGCAGCGACGCAGCACACGAUUUUUUCAUUCUAUCCUCGCUGCCUCGCGUUUGUGUAUCGUGUUUCAGCCUUCACCAACGCGUGUUGUGUAUUUAUUACCAAAAUUGUAAAUAGCUGAUGCAAAGAGAUGAUUUUUGUACAUUUCUUAAAUCUAUUUUUAGAAUAAAGAAUAAAUUUAUUUAUUUUUAAAUUUA